AUGGCCAGCCUGGCCAGGCCAAUUAGGAGCAGGUCGCGCUUCGAAGAGAAGCGUGUCAAGCGCGAUGGACCGAAGCAACGUCGAAGGCCGCCUUCCCCACCUCGUCAACGAAAAGCUCCCGGUUAUCCUGUCUCCUGGGUAUCCAGGUGGAAGCAUCGUCCGCAACACACAGUACCUUGCUCAACUCCCCCGCAAGAAGAACAAUCGACAGCACUUACACGACGAAGCACACCGCCGAAUACACCGGAUGAAAAGAUAGAACCGGAGCUCAUUCUCCCUCAAACCAUCGUUAUCGGCCCUGAAAUCUACACACUGAAUCGUUUCUACAUGAACUACGCCACUAAUGCUAGCAUCGUGUUUUUCAACAACCUCCCUGUGCACUAUCAGAAAGAUCUUUCAGACGCAAAUCACACUCGACAUGCUACGCAUGCAGUGGCACUAGCCAGUGCGUCUCGGCAGCUUUGUCAGCCGGGACUCAUGUUAAAAGCCCGACAGCAUUACGGAAAGGCGAUUGCUACUCUGAGUCAGGCCCUGAAAGAUCCUGUCAGAGUUAGAGACGACUCCAAUAUGGUGACUUUAUUCUUGUUCGGGAUGUUCGAGGUUGUGGUCGGGCAACGAAGCCCAAAGGCUAUAGAUCUAGAACAAAAUGUAUUCCCUCACGGCGACGGGGGCUUACAGCUGCUGAGGUUCCGUGUCGAGCAAGGUAUAGCGAAUGAUGUCGAUAAAGGAACCUUCAUGUUCUUCUGCCAUGCGGCGUUGAUGGAGAUGUUCAUCCAACGCGAGCACCUGACAGGAAUCUGGUCUGCUCUGGAAAACGUCGAUACGCCUUGGGGCAAGGGUCCGAUUCUAGAACCUCUCAUUCGCCAGGUAGUAGAUUAUAAGAAAGCGGUGGACUUUAAAGUUCAAGUCCAAGCCGACAUUUCAAAGAUCACUUCUGAUGCAGCCGAAGACCUGUUGAAGCUGCUCCAAAGCGGAGUCAGCGUGUGUAAUGAUCUCCAGGCAGCUGCUACAUUACUUGACUUCUCUGGUGCAUCGUCAUUUGCGGGUCAACAGCAAAAAGUGUUCAAUGGGUUAUUUUCGCUUUCCACGGACACUUCCGUUGCCCUUGCGAGAAGUCACUACCGCUGUUUGAGAAUUUUUGUCCUGGAGAAGAUCAUUGAACUCAGAGGCAUAUUGAAAGAGACUUCAACGAAGAUUGGCCCUGAAAUGGGGCAGAUACCGACUUGGUCUGACGGCGUAUCUGUCGUUGAAGAAGUGCUGGAUGAUAUUUGUACGGUGUUCGGCUUGGAGGGAAAAGAGGCGCCUAAAGAUGGACUACCAUAUCGUACGAUGACGAUGUUCUGGCCAAUGGUGAUGGUUCGAACUUCGUGUUUUGCUGGCCCCCAUAACGGGCGGUGGGUGGCAGAGAAGAUGCUCAAGCUGACUUCCGAGUCUGGCUUCGGACUCGGGGUGGAAGCAGCAAGCCUGUAA